AUGGCGUUGCCGGCGACGACCACGGCGGCGCUUCUAUCGUCCCAUGCCUCGACGGCGGCGGUGCCGCUGGCGGGGAGUUUCAGGCUCUGCGUCUCCGGUUAUGCUCGUCCUCUGUGUAGGGAUUUCUACUCCAUCGGUUAUUCGCAGAUCUCUUGUUGGCUGUCUCUGCGCUGCGGCGGCCGGAGGAGGAGGUUGUCGGAGCAGCUGUGCUUGGCGGUGGAGGGAAGCGAGGUCGCCUUGGAGGAGGUGGAGGAGGAGGAAUCGGUGGAGGCGACGGCGGCGGUGGACGGAGGGGGGGAAGCUGAGGCGGAGGAGGGAGAGGAGGAUGAUAAGCGGCGGAAGCUGUACGUGGUCAACUUGCCGUGGAACUUCACCGCACCAGAGAUGAGAGACCUUUUUGGCCAGUGCGGCACCGUCAAGGACGUCGAGGUUGCUCUCUCUCUCGCUGUGUUUGUUUGUCAUCGUAUCGACGAGAUCUAUUCAUCUUCCACAUCGUCGUUUCUUCUGCUGGCAAUUUCAGAUCAUCAAGCAGAAGGGAGGAAAGGGUAGAGGUUUUGCGUUCAUCACCAUGAACUCGGCGGAGGAGGCCCGGGCUGUCAUCGAGAAAUUCGACUCCUAUGUAAGCUUUCUCUUUCCCAAAUUUCAACACGAGAUCAAUCAAUGCUUCUGAAUGUGGCUUCCCUCAGAUGCAUGGAAUAAACCUUCAUUUUUCCAGAAAUAUUGACUGAAUUUACCUCUAUUUGAUCCAACAUUGAUCAACGAAAUGAUGAAUUAUGUGCUUUUUUUUCUUGAUUUAUGAUAAAUAAUGUUGUUUUAGUGGCCCAUGUUACUGAAGGAUAAGCUCGGGAGAAUGUAAUCUUGAAAGGAUCCAAAACUGAAGAAGUAGAACAUCAAUCACUUGGAGAUUAUAGAAACUGUUCACCCAAAUAAAUUCUUAGAAAAGGGGCGGUUCAUUUUCCUCAAUUAUCUAAAUUCAUCUUGCAAUCUUUUCACUUUUUCUAUCUAUAUAGACGGCCCAGAAUAUGUUUUAGGAUUAUUUUUUGCAUAAAAAUGUGUUACAUGGGGAUCCUGACGGAGAAAACAUGAGUUCAGACUGUCCCGUCAAUUUAAAAAUAGAAAAGAACACCUCUCCAAUCCCUGAAGAACCACAAAUUAGGUGUGAAUAUGCUAACUUUGGGGAACUCUUUUUAGCAGCAGCUCAUUAGUCCCAUCACUUUUGUCCGAAGCUCACAUGUAUAUUUUAUCGAUAGAUAUUAUCCCAUUGUCAGCGAUGGCAUUCCUAUUUCAGCUACUUCCGUUUUCUAAAUAUGGAUAUUUUGUUAUGAUUGACAUUCUAGAGAAAAUUUUCUUCACUCCAAUGGGAACAAAAUGGUACCAAAAUUUUGAGAUGAUGCCCUUCAUGGCAUCAUCUCUCUCUCUCUCUCUCUCUCUCUCUCUCUCUCUCUCUCUCCUUGGACUUCAGGUUGGCAUAAUGAAUGAUGAGGAAAAUUGGGCUUAGACUUCUAUGCUAGUUACCAAUAUUUUCUCAAGAAUAGUCUUCUCUGCCACUAAAUUCACUAGAUAGAUGUGGAAAUAAUCGGGAUAUUAAUGGGCUGGGCACAGGCCUUGGAUUUCGGCCCUGACCUCCUGGAGCCCGCCCUGGCCCAACCCCCUGAAGUGAGAGAGGGAAGGAUAUGACUGCCACGUGGGAGAUAAAAUGGGUCCCAGGCAUCCGACCCAUUAUUCUUCACUGGCUUAUUUUUUAAGGCCAAUUUUGGAGAGAAAAAAAAAACUCCGGCUAAACAUAGAAUGUUUUUUCUUUUAAUUAACAUAAUUUCACUGCUUAUAUUAUUCUGGGCUUUUCAGGAGCUGCAAGAAAGAAUAAUCAGAGUAGAAUUCGCAAAGAGCAUGAAGAAACCGCCUCAUCCAGCUGGCGCCACCAUGGAGUCACGGCACAAGAUCUACGUCUCCAAUCUCGCAUGGAAGGCGAGAUCAAACAAUCUCAGGGAGUUCUUUGCGGGGAGCUUCAAGCCGGUCUCAGUGAGGGUCGUCUUCGACACGCCCACAGGGCGGGCAGCUGGGUAUGGGUUCGUCUCAUUCGCCACAGAGGAGGAAAUGGAGGCUGCCAUAUCUGAAUUGGACGGGAAGGUAGAUCCUCUGGCCUUGAACUCCCUUGAUCCCUCCCUUUUAUUUCCUCAAAUGGAUAAAUCUUUGUUUUCUUGAAAUAAAAAAAUAAAAAAAAUUGGUUGAUUUUGUUGCAAGCGAAUGAAUAGUCAGAAUAUAUGCCUUUUUUCCUCAAACAGGAUAAUUACUUAUGGAGGUAAAAAUGGGCGAUUUUGGAGCUUAAAAAAAAUCUUAUUGUGAUUCAAAAAAAAAAAUUGAUUGAUGUGUUGCAAGUGAAAGAAUAAUCAGAACAUAGAAUAUGCGGUUCUUUCAUUAAAUGAUUUUAAAAUAUGCCUAUUUUCUUCAAAUAGGAUAAUUACUUAUAGUGGAAAAAUGGGGGAUCUUGGGGCUCAAUCCGUCGAUUUUUAAUGAUCAAGAAACAUGUGAUCAAGGUUCUGUAGUUUUUGAUCCGUUUGACUUUUAUUGCAGGAGCUGAUGGGGAGACCAGUUCGGUUGAAAGCGAGCCAGAGGAAGGAGGGCUGA